AGGUGAGGUGAGAUGAGGUAAGGUUAGGUUAGAUGGGACAGUUGAGCGCUGCUGAAUCAGCAGCUGAACGAGUAAACGCAAUAAACGCAUGUCGCCGACGUCGCCGUUCGCCGGCGGCUGCGAGUGACUGCGAGUGACUGCGAGGCUGUUUGUCUGAUCAUCACCGCAGUCGUCCAACUAACAAGUUGUCGAACGGUUGUCGAAGACGUAGGAGUGAAAAAAAAAAACCAUCAGUCUCCUUCGCUCUUACACGUCUUCGUUCGCCACAAUCUUCGACAUUGCGUCUUCCGCAGCAACCUUCAUAAUUAACUCGUUCUGGAACGGCACCUUGGCGAAAUGGGCAUCUGGGAAAUAAUCGAUUUCGCAUCGCUUGACGGAGAAAUUCAGGAGCUAAUAAAGGAGAGCGCGGCGGUGCGUGAGAAUGCAUACUCGCCAUACAGUAAGUUCAAGGUCGGCGCCGCGGUACGAUGCGUCGACGGUAGCAUCUCACGGGGCUGUAACGUGGAGAAUGCGUCCUAUCCGGCGGGCGUGUGCGCCGAGGUCACGGCAAUCGUGCGGGCUGUGUCGGAGGGGAAGCGAAAGUUCACAGCGUUGGCCGUGGUCGCCGAUCAGGAAAACACUUCGUUUACCACACCAUGCGGAGUGUGCAGGCAAUUCAUGUCCGAGUUUGGCGAAAACAUGCUCAUCUACUUGACGAGAUCCGAUAUGAAGAAAGUUCUACGGACUAAGGUGAACGAACUGUUGCCGCUCUCACCUUUCCGCACAAAUGAUACGGAGACUUCAUAAUUUAUCCU